UUAGCAGUAUCAACAUCAAAUAAAUCCUGCUUGGAAGUUUGGAUGGUGAUUGUGAAAUCUACAAAGUGAGACCCGGGGCAGUAGACGAUCGAGAGAACCGGGGUGGGCGGGAGUGCGCUGAAGUCACACGAUAAAAAGGCUUUGCUGUUGAAAAAACUCUGGAUUCUUCCUCCAGCCUUCCUUUCCUCCGCCGAGCGUUAUGAAGCGUCUACCUGGAUACUUACCAUCUUUACACAAAUUUAGGUGACUUUCUUUCCCUCCCGACUUGGAUUCUACUUUAUGAUGAUUUUGGAUAUGUACCAUCGGGAUGAAGAGAACCCUUUCCCUGCACGCCGAAGUAAGAUAAAAUAGGGUUUCGCGCACAUUGGAGUUACUCCUCUCGUUCCAUAUGAAGAAGUCAAACAUUUGGAUAUGCACCUGUGUCCAUUUAUUGCUGUACAUAACAGUUGCUGCCUAUUCCAGUGAAAUAGGAAAUCCAAUAACAGAUGACAUCAAAAAAAUUUCAUUAUUGAAACAGAAUAUCCCAAAAGACUACAAGAUUACAGUACGUUAUACACCUAAAGAAGUGAGUGGCAUGUGCUGGGUGAAGCUAAAUGUAUUUCACUUGGAGGUGAGCUUAAAAGGCCUGGGGCAGAAGUUUGGAAAUAUAUCCUCCAAUAAAGAUAAUAUAGGCACUUUUGUCCAAAUACUGCAAGAGAUGCGGUACCACAUUGGACAUGGCUUGGAGGAUUCAAUGCUAGAAUUCGAGUGUCACUACAUAGAGGAGAUGUGGCUUACGGCAAGGUAUUUUGAAUUUGUGGAGGACUUUUUCAACACUGCCAAUUCGUCGAGAGAAGCGGAGGACUGUGAGCCUCCGCCAUGUCCUACAACCACAAAAAUAACAGUUACAACAACCACAACAGCAUCGACAACAUCAACGCAGCAUAGUGCAAAUGAGAGACGCAAUGGUUCUCCUGAUGAUACAGAAAAAGGGGUCCUCCUUCCCAAAGUGGUGGAGAGCAGCCUAUUGUUGCUCCUCGCCAUACCAUUAAUUGCAGUGGUGUUUCUGUUGGUCUGGAAGAUUAAAUCCAGAAGAAAUGCCCCCCAAACUGAACGGAGGGUAGAAGAAGGCCCCGCCCUUUUCUCAGGAGAGGAAGCCAAUAUACCCCCAAUAGAUGUGGAGAUAUCUGAAAAAAACAGAUUAAAUAUUAUCAGGACAGUGUAAAUCCAGCUCCUAGCUUAAUCAACACAGUCGCUCCUUCAGAUGGCACAAUGGACAGAAACAAGCAAGCACCAUCUCUGAAAGAUUCUCACGUCUUUUACAGAACGCCUACCUGUGAAGGACACAUACUGGCCUGAAAUGCAAGAACUGCUCUUUGAGUACCAAUGCCCUCUCUUACCACUGCCGAACUCUUUGGGGCUAGAUAUGGAUGCUCCUUCUUCUGAGAACUUUUGAGAAUUGCUCUUCAUGCUCUUUAACGCUUCCCUCUCCUCUUGGAGACUGCAAGGAGACUGUGCAGGAGGAAUUUGAUGGAAAAACAGAAAGCAAACGACAUGGCAUUGGAUUCAUCUGGAGAUGUAAAGUAGCCAAGAAAUUGAGUUUGCAUUUUCGAGCGCAGGAGCCGCAGUUCAGAAGGAGUUAAAAGGAGUUAAAGCAGAACUGACUACCUCCAUCAGCACUGGCCCAUCUCCUUCUGUCAUUCUUUGUUCCUUUGUCUUCUCUCUUUUUCUUUGGUCUGGGUGUCCAGAUAGACGCCUUUCCAUUUUUUUGAGUGCUUGAAUCAGUAAAGUCAUUCUCAGAUUGUAUCAUCUAAUUUGUGAAUAGUUUUUAUUGUCACUAUAAACUGGUGGUGUGGACUUAAAUUUAUUUAUUUUCUGAAUAUGAAAUGACACCUGCAUGGCAUCAAAUAAUGAUUGAGAUAAUACAUAAUUAUCUCAAGCUUAAGACAUAUCCCGCAAUCCUUAACUGCUUGUGUACUUAUACAAUAAACCCUACCUUAUAAUUAUAGCUCCUCAUUUGAUAGACGCCUUUAUGUGAAUUUGUUUUUUUAUGCUAUAUAUCAAAUAUUAAAUCAGCAAGAUUUUUUUCUCAACUGCUCAAAGUAGUCUUUCAAAACAGCCUAAGAUAAAUACAAUUAGUUUUGCAUUACUUGAUGGCUUUUUUUUAAUUAUUAUAAAGUCUGUUUCAGUGUUUUUGAAGUGAUUUAGUAUAAACCUCUGGUGGCUGCUAAUUUUAUUGAUUAUUCAGCUUUUAUCAAUGUUAUGAGAAAGUUUUAUAGCUCAUAGAUUUUAAUAUAAAAGAAAAUUAUUUUAUGGCAUACUAUAAUUUGGCUUGCAAGAGCAAACUGAUAAUCGUUAAUACACAUCAACCUAACUAUGCACAAACAUUGAUGGUUUUAUAGCUAACUACUAAUUAAUUUAUGGGUAAAAAAAGUGUAAAAGUGUAGUUUAACAUCACAUAAGUAGACACCUGAUAUGUAAGAUCUCGCUCAUUUCGGAUCAAAUAAAAAUAGUACAAACUGAAAUAUAAAACGUAUAUGAAUGCUUCUACUCUUGUAUUUUUGUGCCUUUCAUAGCAUGGCUCUCCCUGUAAAGAUUUCCUUGGAUAACCAGCCAUAUAUUUAUUAUGGAAAGAUAAUAUCAUAAUGAUAUUGCACUAGCUAUAUUCAAAAAAUCCACUAGGACAUUUCAGAUGAUUUUCCAAGAAAAGCAAGACCGCCCUUUGGCAUAAUAUGAUCCAGUUCCAUUCUCCUGCUGUGUACGAAUCAAUUUAUGCAUGUUCACAUUUGACAUCUUACAUUGCUUGCUCUUAAUAUGUAUACAUAAUGAUUUAUUAUAGCUACAGUUAUAGACAAGUGGUUAUGAUUUUGAGACGAAACUCAGAGGAGAUCAUAUAUUAUUUUAUACCCUGCUUUUUACCAACUGGUUGUAAUGAUCUAUAUAAUGUAUUUUGGGGAAUAACCUGUUGUCUGCCUCAGUAAUUUUAAUUUCUUUACCCAGAUAAUUUUCUUAGUUAGGGCAGUCUUUACGAUUUGUAAUGUGAAGCUGACAUUUGGUGAAUAAUCUCUUAUCCUGGUUAAGGUGGAUGUUUACAGAAACCUGUAUUUACAUUGGCAGUCAUUGAAACAUCUCUCAACGUAGUGUUCUAAUGUUUUUUUUUUGUGUGCAGUUAAUCCAACAAUCAGAGUAAAAAAAAGCUCUCAGUGAAGCAUGUCAUUAUACAAAGUAUUAGCUUUUCAAUCACAGAUUUCCUGUGAAAUGCUUUAGACCCUCUUUAUUUAGUUCAGUGCAGUGUUGGCAAUGUUACAGUGUGCGAUUUGGUGAGCUUAGAUGUUGUGCUGUUUUACGUAUAUUCAUGUUGGCUUGCUUUCUUGAUGCUAGCAGAAAAAAUCUGUGGCUAAUUUGGUUGAGGAGUUCCACUCAGACUACAUAGAGAUAUACAUGGGUGAAGCUUCCUUUGGCUCUAGACAACAAAAGCUUUUGUUGGUGCCCAGAUAAGGUUCUGUGUAAAGACAAAUAAUACCAGUGAAAAGACACUGUAAGCUGUCCCAAGAAAGUGUAAACCAGUGGUUCUCAACUGGUUUUGCUUCAGAAUUUUACACUGAACAUCAACUGGCGAGCCAACACUACCAAAUUUGCUUCUCAAACAUAACUGCAUAGACCCAAUAAUAUGCAAAAUUAUUACCUAAUUGUGGUCAGCACAAGCUAUGUUUAUCCUUGUUGCAAAUUAAGCCGUAUUUAAUUUAUUUGACCUUGCAUGUUUUAUUUAAGUUUUUUGUUGAGGGCAUGUCACACAACCUGUCUAUGUUGGCUUCUACAAGUGACAGUUGAAUUUGCAUCAAAAUACCGUAGUUUAAUUUGACGUCGUCAACUGAAGACAUGGAAAGCGUUUUCUCUUCCCUUUUAAAAGUUGAUAAGCAUGUUUAUUUUCAACUAUGUAUGAUAAUAUGGUUAGUUGCAGCUUAUUAUUUGCAUUCAACAUUGUUUUUUCCCCUGCAGUCCAUGGUUGCGACCCAGCAGUUUGAGAACCACUGGUGUAAACUUGAAAAGUAUGUAACAUUCCUACAUGAGUUUUAUGACUUUUGUGUGUGAAAACAGGCUAAAGCUGUGAAAAAAGUGUACAUGUGGCAUCCUCCUUUUUUUUUCAUCAGUCUAAGAACCCCUAAAUGCAAACCAUAAACAAUAUGAACCAGCCUGUGAAAUUCCUACCACUGCCCUGAAUCUACUGGGAGUGUUGACACAGUGUCGGAAAGCACUGAUCAGAGGGACGUACAAGGGAACUGAACCAGGAUAUAUUAAAAAAUGUGGCAUGUUCCAACUGCCGUAAUUGGAUCCUGCAUCAUAUUUGCAAGAAUGCAGAACACAGCCAGUCAGGGUGCCAAAAGUAAACAAGAAACUGUGGCCCAGUCAUUGUCUGGGUGACAGUCUACUGUAUUCUGUAUUUUAUAUGAAUAUAUGAAAAUAUAUGUAUGAGAUGUGAAUAAAGUAAAUGUAUCCACCAUU